AGACCGGAAGUGCCGCACUUUAACCAGGUCCUGCUCGUCUAGGUCCAAACCCGGUGCCAUCAAGAUGCCGGCUUACCACUCUUCUCUCAUGGACCCUGACACCAAACUCAUUGGAAACAUGGCCCUGUUACCUAUCAGAAGUCAGUUCAAAGGACCUGCCCCCAGAGAGACAAAAGAUACUGAUAUUGUGGAUGAAGCCAUCUAUUACUUCAAGGCCAAUGUGUUCUUCAAAAACUAUGAAAUUAAGAAUGAAGCUGAUAGGACCUUGAUAUAUAUCACCCUCUACAUUUCUGAGUGUCUAAAGAAACUCCAAAAGUGCAAUUCCAAAAGCCAAGGUGAGAAAGAAAUGUAUACCCUGGGAAUCACUAAUUUUCCCAUUCCUGGAGAGCCUGGUUUUCCACUUAAUGCAAUUUAUGCCAAGCCUGCAAACAAACAGGAAGAUGAAGUCAUGCGAGCCUACCUACAGCAGCUAAGGCAAGAGACUGGACUGAGACUUUGUGAGAAAGUUUUUGAUCCUCAGAAUGAUAAACCCAGCAAGUGGUGGACUUGCUUUGUGAAGAGACAGUUCAUGAACAAGAGUCUUUCAGGACCUGGGCAGUGAAGGGAGCCUGGGCAGCCACUGCCUCCAGCGCCUUGGACAGCAUUUUACAGCAAGAUGUAUAAAAUCCUUUUUCUUUAUUUCAUAAAGUUUUAUACAGAAGAGA